AAAGGCUUACGCAAGAUAGAGCGCAUGACUGAAAAGCUGACUGACAUUUAGAAAUAUUUUACAACGUCACAGCUGUUUGCUUUUCUUUUUAUUGACGUGUCAAACUGACCUCGUCUUUCACGCAGGCAAGAUGUCCGAUGAUAGCUACUCUCGCGAGAUUUUACCCGAAGCUCGGGUCCUUAAUGGUUACCACUCUGCUGGGUUUGAUCAGGAUGAUUUUAACCCAGAUAAAGGGGUCGUCAAGAUUCCCAAAGAGAACGGAAUAAGUAAGGAAUAUUCAAUAGGGUUCAGCGAGGACAUCAUGAGUUCCCCAACGCAUUACCAGAACGGAAAUAGUGCGAAGGAGCAAUUGAUAGAAGCAAUAAAAAACCGAGACAAUGCAGAACGAGAAAUCAAAGCGCUAAAGAUGCAGCUCAACAUGGCAGAAGAGACUCGUGACAGCGUGCGGAGGGACCUCAUGGAUGCGCACAGGAAAAUGCGGGAGUGCGAAGAAGCAAAAGAGUCUCAAAGAAAGGAAAACUUGGCGCUCAGAAGACAAAUCAAAGACGAAGAAAUUGAAAAGAAUGCAUUUCAAAAGACCUGUGAAGAGCUGCGAGAGAAAGUAAAACAGACUGAAAGCGAGCGGGCUGAGACUAAACGUGCUCUAGACGAACUCGAGAACAAAUUUAGAGUGUGCGACGAUAGUCGUACGAGCCUCACCGGGGAGGCGAACGAUCUUCGUAGCCGAGUGAACGAGUUCGAGGCGGAGCGCGCCGAGACUAGGCGAGAACUGCAAGAGGCAUUGCGUCAAGUAAAGAUUCUCAGCAGCGAGUGUCUGAUGGGGAAGAGAGAAGCUUCAGAUCUUCAAGAGAGGCUGGCACAUGAGGAAUCUUUACGCGAAGAGUUACGACAUGAGGCGUAUAACUUAAAACAAAGUAUACUGCAAGUGGAGAGCGAGAAGGAGGAGGCAAAACAGAAUGGGGCGAAACUACAAAGAAGGAUCAAAGAAGCAGAGGACACCUUUGCGAGUCGAGAGAAAGAUUACCAAGCUCAGAUAGAGGAGUUCAAACAGUUUGAGCAGAAAGCCAGAAGUAAAAUGAGAGAAAUGGAGAAUCUUCUCGAACAAACGACAUUUGACCGGGAAAAUUACAAAGCUCAGCUGUCUGGAAAUGAUGGAAGAAUUAGCGCUCUGGAAUCUCAACUUUCUCGAGUUGAAGCUUCCAAAAAUGAAUUAGAAUUUAAGCUUUCAAGUCUUUACUCAAUACUUCGAAGAUCACUUGGCUUACGAUCCCAGUCCCGACCUACCUCGCCAACCGAGGGUAGUCCGAAGAAGAACCAAAGAUCAUACCGAGGGCGACCAAGAUCGGGCUCAGAUGACUCAUCGGAUGACAUUGAUCCAGACGCUGUGAAAUCGUCCUUAAGUGAGCUGCUACAGAACCUGAAAGACGCCGAGAGAAAGAAAGAGGAGAGUUCAGUGAAAGUGGACAGUUUGCAGAAUUCUGUGGCUAAGUUGGAGGAAGAAAGAGCGGCUCUGGACGGAAAACUGCGAGCUGUUCAUCAGGAAAUGAACGAAUUGAGAGAACAGAAAAGACUACUGGAAGAAAGAUUGAACAGCUCAGAGACCGCACUUACGUUGCAGGAGGAGGCAAUUCAAAAGGUUGAGCGAGAACGAAAUGGCAUGAAUGAAAAAUUGCAAAUGUUGGAAGGUACAUUGGGCCUGUCGGAAAGCGAGAGGAAGCAGCAACAAGAGAAGAUUAGAGAGCUUCAGGAAACAGAGAAAAGACUGAAAAGCGAAAAGCACACAUUGAGGGCCCAAAUGGAAUCUUCAUCCGGAGAACUAACGAAGAACGAGUUAAAGCUGAAAGCCUUGGAUGGCGAAUUGCAAAGGCAGAAGCGUGUUCAACAAGAUGCGGAGGCUGAAAAUAGAGAACUACGUGAAAGGUUGAGUGCUGCUUUAAAAGCAAAUCAAGAAUUGGAAAGCAAUGUGUCCAGUUUAAACCUUGCAAUUCAGAAACUAAACAGUGCUGUUUCCAAAGGGGAAGAAGAGGAGACGCGGCUAAAAGAAAAGGUACAGGCUUUGUCGGUUUCUCUGAGUGAAAGCAAUUGCAGCUCACAAAACUUACAAGACCACAUUGCUCAACUUCAGCGGUCUCUUGAAAGCUCAGAAGGCGACAAGCGUUUGCAACACGAGAGAGUGGUAGCACUUCGCGAAACGGUGAAAGAUUGCAAGAAUGAAAACCGUGUGUUGGCUGAAAAAGUCAGUUUCUUGGAGAAAACCAGAGAGGAGGCUGAACUGCGGAUAAAUGACUUCGAAAAUCAAGUAAAGCACGUAAAAGGUCUCCUGAUGCAGCGUCAACAGCAUGAAGAUGAACUUCUCGUUAAACUGCAAGACCUGGAGAGUGAAACUCAUGCUCUCAAAAGCGAGAACUCUUCUCUACAUAAAACAAAUUCUUCCUUCGAGGCUGAGAAGAAAGAUCUGGAAAAAAGCAACCUGCGAAUUGGCAAAGACGUCCAUGCUCUUAAAAAGACGCUUGAUAGGCUCCAGAGAGAAAGAUUGGAGUUUGAAGAAUCCUUCUUCGAGUCGAAUCAAGAGAAAGAAGCUCUCAACAGAACGCUGAGUGAGGCGGCAAAGGAAAACCUAGAGUUAAAAGAAAGAGUAGAGUCAUUAGAAAAGGAGCUUCAACUGGUCCAAGUCAAACACACGGAAAGCUUACUAGAAAUAACAGAGAAACAGCAACAAGAAUUGGAGAAAGAGGCGAAAAGAUCACAUUUGACGCUGGAAAAAACACAGAAGACUUCCGAGAAGCGAGAAAGAUCGUACAAGGCAAAGCUGGAGGCUUUGGAGAAGCAGGUUACUUUCCUCCAAACUGAACUCCACAAUGAACGAGAGCAGAAAAUGGUGCAAAGUAACAAAGCUGCCAUAAAAAGCGAUGAAAUACGAGAGGUUCGGCAGUCUUUAGGCAAAUCACUCCAAGCAGUCGAAGAGGACGCGAACAACCUUCGCAGUAUGCUAGGAAAAUCUCUUCGUAAAAUCGACCGUUACACCGAAGCUAUCCGACGAAACGAACCACCUCUACCAUCCACUGACACAGAGGGAUCAACCGUAGAUACGUUUCCCCGUCAACAAAUCGAUCAAUCAUCGGAAGAGGCGAAGUAUCCCCGAUCAUCGAAGAGAGGAACGAGGUCGGCCUCACAUACGAACUCUAGGGAACGAAGCAAAUCUCAUGGACUGCCAUCCUCUACUCGUGCCCCAUCUUCGGGUGUUAUUAUGAGCAACUCUAGAAACGAUUACGAAGGUGUGGCGUUAGAAUUAUCUCCCGAAAUUCACUCCCCGCUUAGGCGGUAUAGAAGAGAUAGGAAAUCUGUCAAUUAAUAUCAAAGGUGUGUGAAUCUUGCUACAAUGUGUUAAAUGGACCGUUGCGUGCAACCGUUUGAGAGAAAAAGAAAAGAAUGAAUUGUUUAAGAAAUGCUUAAAUCAAUGCAAAUCGUGAUAAUUUCGUCUUGUAAAGGAAGCCAGAGGUAAUUUUAAUAAUGUGUAUAAUUUAAAUUCGCACGAGUCGAAAUCAAAUAUCUGUAAACUGCGUGAUUGCCGACGCAUUCUCAAUUAAAUAACAUUCCAACUGAAUUUA